GGCACCCCAAGCCCUCCUGUUAAGUCGCCAAUGCAUAUCCGGGCUUCGGCAACUGUCAAUGAACCUAUCGACACUACCGUGAUGAAACGGAUACAACCUGGCGCGAAAUUAAUUGGUAACCUUCUCUGUCAAGGCAACUCCACUGGCAGCGGCAUCUUCUACCAAUUUUUUUAUAUCCCUUGACGUCACUAAACAAAACAAGGAGGUUUGUUAGACGCGAAAGUAUAUAAGAUGGGCUCAGCAAUUCACUAAAUGUCAGUUCCUUCAUCCCCUCUCAGCCUUUCAUACAUACCAUCUUGUCUCGGUAUACCCACCCUUUCACAUCCACCCUCCUCACCACAUCUUUCAACGAAAUAAUCACGAUGUCCUCCCAGAACGCUCACACUUUCUACGCCGACGCCGUCCUCUUCGACAUGGACGGCACCCUCACGGACUCCAUCGCAGCUGUCGAGGCGGCCUGGGGUAAAGUCGCCAAAGACAUUGGCCAAGACCCCGCUUACGUUAUUGCUGCAACCCAUGGCAAGCGCGCCGUAGACAAUCUCGCCCAAUUCAAGCCCCAUAUCAAGGCACAUGAGAUGGACGACGAGGUUCAAAAUUUCGAGGAGAGCAUUCUCUUCUUCGCCGAUGCCUACAACAUGUACGGGCCCGGCUCGCAGCGCCCCUCACCUGCAAGCUCGCCUGUCUUGAAUUCCCCUCUUAGCUCCGGCUCCGCGACCCCUGAUCUUUCCUUCUCGCCAAGCAAUUCUGCCCCUUCUUCUCGUGCAUCAUCAUUCGUCUCGCCUCGUCGACCAUCAUUUGCCAGCAAGCUAAAUAAUAUGCUGACUAUGUCCGUCGUACCUGAAGCGGCCGUCUACGGUCAGGGUCCCCAAUUCGAAGACUCUAUCAUGGAAGAAGAUCAGCAGGACAUCGUUAUGUUCGAGGCCAACCAGAAGAAACACGUUCUCGAGGCUUGGCAACAGGAAGCAACGAGUGUUGAUCGCUCAGUGCGGAUUUUGCCCGGUGUUAAAAGGAUGAUGAGCUCCAUUCCUGAAGGUCGUUACGCUGUCGCCACCUCAGGUGCAAAAACAUAUGCAUAUGGUUGCAUGACUCGCGUUGGUAUUACCCCGCCCAAGAUUACCAUUACCGCAGACGACAAGCGUCUCAAGGCUGGAAAGCCUGCCCCAGACCCAUUCCUCCUUGCUGCUCGCGAACUCGGUUUUUCUGCGAAAAACUGUGUCGUGUUCGAGGACUCCCCAAGUGGGAUCCGCGCAGGUGUCGCUAGCGGUGCCACCGUAAUUGCUGUGUGCACCAGCCAUGAGAGGAAGCACAUCGAGCAUGUCGGCGCCCACUUUGUGGUGGAAAACAUGGACAAAGUAAAGUGCGAGCCGUGUGCGGACGGCAGACUGAAGUUUACCGUGCAGCUAUGAUUGUUCCUAGAGUGUAUGUAUUCCCUAUCUUAACCUUCCUCCAGUGGAAAGGCCGCGCUACAUCCGUUGUCAUCUUCUCCUUUUUUUUAUUUCCAUUUGUACGACACGAUUCUUGCUCAGAUCUGCACUCCACUUAGGGAUGCUUGUACACAUAGAGGACUUGAAUACUCAUGUAAUUUCGAAUAGCAUUCUCAAUCUAGCAGCGCCGCGCGUCAUUCGAUGACAAGAUGGUAUCAUGAA